AUGUCAGAAAUCGAAAAAUUAGAUCAAAAUUUAGAUAACAUGCUACAAGGCUUGGAUGAUGCAGAUAAGAUGCUUUAAGUCUUAUUUGAUGAGCAAAAUAUUGAUAAACUAGCAGAAAAUAUUUCAUUAGGAUAAUACGCUGAAUUAAAUAAUGCUCUAGCCUACCAUGCCAAUUCAUUAUAUUUUAUGUUCUUAAAGGCUAAUGGAUUCCCAGUGAAAGAUCAUAAGAUAAAUUAGGAAUUGGUAUAUUUCUUAUCCUUUAUUUUAAGCUCUUAUUUUUUAAAUUGA